AUGACAGUAGAAGCUAUGAAUAUAGAUCCUCAGGUGGAUAGCGAGAAGUUCGAACCUGAAGGACCGAAACCUAUAAGAAAAUUGACAAAAGAUGUGAUCAAUCAAAUCGCCGCUGCUGAGAUCAUUCACAGACCAGCUAAUGCGAUAAAAGAAUUGCUUGAAAAUUCACUUGAUGCGGGAUCUACCUCAAUCAAGAUAACAGUGAAAGAUGGUGGUCUAAAAUCACUUCAAAUAACAGAUAAUGGGCAUGGUAUAAAUAAAGAGGAUUUACCUUUAUUAUGUGAAAGAUACGCUACAUCAAAAUUACAAAAAUUUGAAGAUUUACAAAAAUUAGGUACAUAUGGUUUUAGAGGUGAAGCUUUAGCUAGUAUAAGUUAUUGUAGUCACGUUGAAGUUGUAACAAAGACUAAAUAUGAUGGAUGCGGUUGGAAAGCUCAUUAUCAAGAUGGUUUACUCAUUUCUUCCAAACCUGGUACUUCUGUGGAUCCAAAACCGACUGCAGCAAAUGAUGGUACUGUAAUCACUGCCGAAGAUCUUUUCUACAACAUGCCACUGCGUAAAAGGGCUUUCAAGUCACCUUCAGACGAGUACACGCGAAUACUGGAUGUCAUAACAAAGUAUGCGGUACAUAAUCCACAUGCUGCAUGGGUAUGCAAAAAGGCUGGCUCAUCCCUUCCAGACGUAUCUACACCUGUCGGCUCAUCUGCUAAAGCAAACAUCGCCAGUCUGUAUACUCCAUCAUUGGCAGCUGAGUUAUUAGAGGUGCCGAUGACUACGCUCAAGCCGGAGAACAGACUUUCGGCAAGAUGUAAAGGUUGGGUCAGUAAUGCCAACAGUAAUUGGGCAAGGAAAGGUGGCUGGUUACUAUUUAUUAAUAAUCGAUUGGUGGACUCCAGCAAGAUCAAAAAAGCGGUAGACGCUCUGUAUACUGCGUAUCUACCGAAAGGUGCUUCUCCAUGGGUUUAUCUGAGCCUCGAAAUUGAUCCAGCAAAAAUAGACGUCAAUGUCCAUCCAACAAAAUCCGAAGUACACUUUCUGAACGAAGAUGAAGUGAUAGACGGGAUUGUAGGAGUGGUUCAAACAGCUUUAGCAGGUGCAAAUGUUUCGAGAUCUUUCACCGUUCAAACUCUUCUUCCUGGAGUUGUUCAGCCCACCGAAAAAAGAGGAGAAUCGGCCUCCACGUUAACAAUCAGGAAACCAGCGCCAAACUACAAAAUUCGUAUGGACCCCUCGAAUCGGACACUCGAUUCAAUGGUAUCGGUGGUCGACCCAUCUCAAUUGACCGGAUUUGCAGAAUCCAAUUCUCAGGUUUUGAACGAAUUGAGACCAGUCAAAAGACGUGCUAUGGGGGAAGGAAGCGCAGAAGAACCCUUAAAUAUCGACUUGGAUGAUCAAGACGAUGCAGGUGAAGAUGGCAACGGUGGAGUCUCAUGGCAUGAAGGAUAUCACGGAAAGGGGAAAGAAAAGGAAAUACCGGAAAGCAUAUGUGAAUUCGGUAGUAUACAGGAACUGAGAAGAGCUACGAGGAAAGGAGGUAAUUCAGAUAUAAACGAAAUCAUGCGUCGACACGCAUUUGUCGGUGUAGUAGAUCGACAAUUAUGUCUGUCAUUGCUGCAACAUAGUACGAGAUUGUAUCUUGUAAAUCAUGCUUCAUUAGCAGAUGAGCAUUUCUAUCAGUUGGGCUUAAGGCAAUUUGGGGCUUUUAACAGAUUGCGUCUGCAACCUUCACCGGAUCUAAAGGAUCUCUUGACAUUAGCUGCCGAGGAUGAAGCUGGGCUGAAAGAUGCCGGAUUGACGGUAGCUGAAGUUGUGAAGAGUAUUGCGGACCUCUUGAUGGGCAAGAAGGAUAUGAUAGAUGAAUACUUUUCCCUAAACAUCAACGACCAAGGGAAAGUUGAAACAAUACCAAUGAUCUUGAAAGGAUAUACACCGAAUUUAGACAGGCUACCUCACUUCUUACUCUGUCUGGGUACUCAAGUGGAUUGGGAAUCUGAAAAAGAAUGUUUUGCGACUUUUCUCCGUGAAUUGGCUUUCUUUUAUUCACCAAGGCCAUUCUUGGACAACGCCACUUCAGACGAAACCAAGGGUGAUGCUGAAGAUGAGGAUGACAUACCGUCAACGACAGAAGAGGUAAAUCAUCAAUUAUGGCAAUUGGAACAUGUACUCUUCCCUUCAUUUAGAAGGUCCACGGAAUGGCCUAAGAAUAAGUUAGGGGAAAUGCACAUGGUAGCUAAUCUCCCAGACUUAUUUAGAAUUUUUGAAAGGUGUUAA